ACUAAACCCUUGGUGUUAAACCCCUUUUCUUCAAACCUCCUCCACAGCCUCCAAGCCAAAGUACAAAAAAACAUCUCGUCAAUUUCCCUCCCUCUAACGGCGCAGAGAGAAGUGGGUUUAGUUGUUUUUCUCUUACAAAAAUUUUCCACAAGUAUUGCUUCACCCCUUCCAGCUCAAAUAUUUACAGGCUUAAUUUUCCCAAGCUGGGGUUGAAUAUUGAAGUUUAAAUUGUUCCAACUGGAACUUGAAGAUGGCUCAGGGUGCAUCAGAGGCCGUUGAGGCGGUUCACUUCAGUUUUAUGACGGAUGAAGAAGUUCGUAAGCAUAGUGUUAUAAAAGUCACAAGCCCUAACUUGCUUGAUACAUUAGGCGGACCACUGCCCGGUGGGCUCUACGAUCCAGCAAUGGGUCCCCUUAGUGAGAGAUCUCAAUGUAAGUCAUGUGGUCAAGGUACAGUUCGCUGCCCUGGUCACUGUGGUCAUAUUGAACUUGUUUCGCCGGUCUUCAAUCCCCUGCUUUUCAAUAUGCUGCACAAUCUUCUGCAACGAACAUGCUUUUAUUGCUUUCAUUUUAGGGCAUCAAAAGAAGAGGUUGAAAAGUGUGUCUCUGAAUUAGAGUUAAUCGCAAAGGGUGACGUUAUUGGGGCCAAAACCAUGGAUGUUCUCUCUCCUGAUAACUCUGCUGAUCGGGAGGAAAGUGAAGGGAGCCAUAUGUCAUGUACAACGGAUGAUUUAAAUUUGCAAGAUCGUUCUGAGUACAAUAAGAGGCCAUCUUGGGACAAUUUCCAGUUUACUGAAGCUAUGGCAGUUAUCGAUAGAAUUCUCAAGACUAAAUCUGAGAAAUGCAGCAAUUGUGAAACUAAAAAUCCAAAGAUCAAUAAACCGAGUUUUGGACGGUUUCAUAUGGAUAUUUCAAGUAAGCAAAUUAUUUUCAAUUAUAUCAAAAAAAGUCAAACGUUCAAUCUGCAGUGCACUGGUGGAAGCGAGGAAAAUCUUUCCCCUGAGGUGGUAAAUGGCACUGAGCCAUUAGGGGAAGCUGAAACCAGCUUAUCUAUGGCUUCCUCGGAUAGAUUAGAAAAUUCUAUGGCACGUGGAAGGCAAGGGGAUGAGGAGUCUAUUGUGAUGCAACAGAAAGACUUAUUUUCAGUAGCUCAUUUACCGUCUCAGGUCAGGAAAAUUAUAGAGCAUUUAUGGGAAAACGAAGCUCGUCUUUGCGCAUUCUUCUGUAAUAUUCAGGGUCAGCACCUUAAUACACCUAUCAAGGUGGCUGGGCCCUCUAUGUUCUUUUUGGAGUCCAUUCUUGUACCUCCAAUCAGGUUCCGCCCUCCAGCCAAAGGGGGUGAUUCAGUUAUGGAACAUCCACAUACUGUUCUUCUUGGCAAGGUCCUUCAGUCAAAUAUAGCUUUGGGAAAUGCCCAUAGCAACCAGGCUGGAAGGUCUAAGAUCAUUAACCGCUUGAUGGAUCUUCAACAAUCUGUAAACGUGCUGUUUGAUAGCAAAACAGCUGCUGGUCCAGGUCAAAAAGAUGUUGGUGUGGGCAUAUGUCAAUUGUUGGAAAAGAAAGAAGGUAUCUUCCGCCAGAAAAUGAUGGGAAAGAGAGUCAAUUUUGCCUGCCGAUCAGUUAUAUCUCCGGAUCCGUAUUUGUCUGUCAAUGAAAUUGGAGUUCCACCAUAUUUUGCUUUAAGAUUAACCUAUCCUGAGAGGGUGACUCCUUGGAAUGCUGGUAAAAUGAGAGAUGCUAUCAUCAACGGGCCUGAAAACCAUCCUGGGGCUCUCUCUUUUGCUGAUAGAAUAUCUACUGUGAAACUGCCGUCAGGCAAUGGUACAAAUAUCAAAAAAGUCCGUAUGGCAAUAUCUAGAAAAUUGCCUUCUUCAAGGGGGGCAGUGACUCAGUCUGGGAGGAACGAUGAGUAUGAAUUUGAAGGCAAAGUUGUUUACCGGCACUUGCAAGAUGGGGAUAUUGUCCUUGUGAAUCGGCAGCCUACGCUACACAAGCCCAGUAUAAUGGCUCAUGUUGUCCGUGUACUGAAAGGAGAAAAAACUCUUCGCAUGCACUAUGCUAAUUGCAGUACCUAUAAUGCCGAUUUUGACGGUGAUGAAAUGAAUGUCCACUUUCCACAAGAUGAAAUUUCUCGUGCUGAAGCAUAUAACAUUGUAAAUGCUAACGAACAGUACAUUGUUCCGACUAAGGGAGAUACAGUUAGAGGCCUGAUUCAGGAUCAUAUUGUAGGUGCAGUGCUUCUUACCAUGAAGAAUACUUUUUUAACCCUUCAAGAGUUCAACCAGCUUCUGUAUGGAUCUGGUGUGUUUGCUGCUGGGCCUGGUUCAACUUCUGGAAAUCAUUCAAAUAAAGUUUCUGUAGUAGAUUCUGAAGGUGUUGUACAAACUAUCUUGCCUGCUGUCUGGAAACCAAAGCCUCUUUGGACAGGGAAGCAGGUCAUCACUGCAUUACUAAAUCAUCUGACAAAGGGUAGUCCACCUUGUACCGUGAAAAACAAAGGGAAAAUUCCAUAUCCGUAUUUCCUGAGCCAGAGUCGCCUAGCUGAGUAUCAGUCAAGAGAAGAAGAAGAAGAUAGAACCGCUGAAAAUAAGUUCUUAAUUUGGAAAAAUGAGCUUGUGCGUGGUGUAAUUGACAAGGCUCAGUUUGGAAAAUUUGGUUUAGUUCAUACAAUUCAGGAGCUUUAUGGGGCCAACAAAGCAGGGAUUUUACUUUCUGCUCUGAGUCGUUUAUUUACUAUUUUCUUGCAGCUUCAUGGCUUCACUUGUGGUAUUGAUGAUCUUGUCAUCUUACCACAUUACGAUAUUCGGAGGAAGGAGGAACUUGAAGGAGGGGAUGUUGGAGAGGAGGCUCAUUGUGAUUUUGUGAAGUUCAAGCCUGGAGAAAUAGGCCCUUUGGAGCUCCAACUGGAAAUUGAGAAAGCCAUAAGCAGCAGUAAAGAAGCUGCCACAGCAGCCUUAGAUAUGAAGAUGAAAAAUAAAUUGGCAAAUAAAGGCUCACAAUUUAAUAAAGAGUUGCUGCUAAAGGGAUUGCUGAAACCUUUUCCCAGAAACUGCAUUGCCCUUAUGACAAUUACUGGGGCAAAGGGGAGUACGGUAAGUUGGUAAUUUUUUGAAAUCGUG